UCUUCUCUCACUGACUCACCAUCUCCCCUUAGCGAGGGCGACGAAAGUGCCGUGCAGGUUUCGGUCGCCGUGCAGCAGAGAAGUCCCGCUGGUGUCAGAGGUUCUUCUACAACCUCCCACAGGAGUCACAACACGCCUCAUGAUCAUCUCCGCGAGCAGCCGCUUGAGGACCCGACGAGAACCAGUCAGCGGAACUUUUUGGUUCCAGGAAACACGUUUCUGUCGUUGGCCACUGAACAAGGGAGAUGGGGCAUUUUACGGACCGAAAAUCGAUUUCAAGGUAUCAUGACAAUUUGUUCGUCUUUGUUCUACAAGUGUUUUUGGUUUUCUUCUUACGCGGCUGCAUGACAGAAGCAUAGCCCGCUGCUCAUUCCGGCGUCAGCCUCAGCACCAGAACGAAGAUGAGUUGUAGCCUCAGCAAUGAUGCAAUUUUACGAUUGUGAAUUCCUAUUUUUACCUCAGGUCAAAGACGCGAUCGGGCGUCAGCACCAGUGUGCGACGAUGCAAUUGGAUUUCCUCUUCCCGAUGCGGUUCAACCUGCAGUUCCGCACGCAGGCGGACGAACAGAAGGAAGCCGAGGCUGCAAAUGCGGAAGGAGAACAAGAAAAGGGAGCAGCUGCAGCUGCUCCGAAGGAAAACAAGGAGAACAAAAAAGAGAAAAAACAAGCCGCUGCUGCUGCUGCCGCACGUCCGCGGAUGAUGGACGGAAGAGAAGUGGAAGAGAAGGAACCGCGAGCGUCUGCUACGUCUGCGGACGGGGGUGCAGCGGCGGAGGCGGGAAAAUCUGCGGCGGACAAGGAGAAGGAAAAAGAACAGAGGAUGGAAGCGGUUGGGCUGGAAGGUGUGCUGAAACCCGGUCACGAACGGCCGGUUAUGAUCCACCGUGCCAUUCUGGGGUCCGUGGAGAUGAUGCAGCUGCAACAAGC